ACCUAUGCUCGCGGGUUCUUAGGCCAAGUGACGUGGCCUUCAAGUUCCGAAUCGUCUGCCACAUGCGUCUUCCCUUCAUUAUUCGUUUCUUCCUUUUCGUCUUCACACGCCGAUCGUGUUUUCGUCCAUUUUGCUUUCUUUGUGAUUGUCAAGAUCAUCCUUGAAAUGUUUAUACGAUAAAACGUCGAGAUGUUAGAGGAUCAGGUGGCAUACCUCUUGCAGAGGUACCUUGGCAAUUAUGUGAGGGGCCUCAACAAAGAAGCCCUCAAAAUCAGUGUCUGGCAAGGUGAUGUGGAGCUUAAGAAUAUGCAGCUCAAGCCUGAGGCUCUAAAUGCUUUAAAAUUGCCAGUAAAGGUUAAGGCAGGGUUUCUUGGUUCAGUCAAACUUAAGGUUCCAUGGAGUAGGCUUGGUCAAGAUCCAGUUUUAGUGUAUUUGGAUCGCAUUUUCUUAUUGGCUGAACCUGCAACUCAAGUUGAGGGAUGUAGUGAGGACGCUGUCCAGGAAGCCAAGAAGAGCCGAAUACAGGAGAUGGAAAUGAAACUUUGGGAGAAGUCACAGCAGUUAAAAUCAGAGAUGAAUAAAUCUUGGCUGGGUUCCCUCAUCAGCACCAUAAUUGGAAACUUAAAGCUUUCAAUUUCCAAUAUUCACAUCAGAUAUGAGGAUUUUGAGAGCAAUCCCGGGCAUCCAUUUGCAGCGGGUGUUAGGUUGGAGAAGCUCUCAGCUGUGACAGUUGAUGACACUGGGAAAGAGACUUUUAUUACUGAUGAUGCACUUGAUUGCAUUCAAAAGUCUGUUGAACUUGAUCGGCUUGCAGUUUAUUUGGAUUCAGAUAUUUUUCCAUGGCAUGUCAGCAAGCCAUGGGAGGAUUUGCUUCCUUCAGAGUGGUUUCAGGUAUUUAAAUUUGGCACCAAAGAAGGGAAGCCAGCUGAUUAUGCAUUGAGGGAGCACUCAUACAUUCUGCAGCCAGUGACCGGCCAAGCAAAAUACUCCAAAUUGCGACCAAGGGAAGUUGCUCAAAGCAAUGAACCUUUACAUAAAGCUGUGGUGAAUUUGGAUGAUGUUACAAUCUGCUUAUCUAAGGAUGGAUACAGGGAUAUACUGAAGUUAGCAGACAACUUGGCUGCGUUCAACCAACGCCUGAAAUAUGCUCAUUAUCGUCCACUAGUCAUGGUUAAAGCUGAUCCAAGAUCUUGGUGGAUUUAUGCUUAUAAAGCUGUCUCUGACCAGAUGAAGAAAGCAAGUGGAAAGAUGUCAUGGGAGCAGGUUCUGAGACAUGCAAGCCUAAGGAAGAGAUAUCUAUCUCUAUAUGCUUCACUGCUAAAAUCUGACCCCACUCAGGUGACAAUUAGUAACAACAAAGAAAUUGAGGAAUUGGAUCGUGAACUCGAUAUUGAACUUAUAUUGCAAUGGAGAAUGUUGGCUCAUAAGUUUGUGGAGCAAUCAGCGGAAUCAGGUCUUAAUGCAAGGAAACAGAAGGCGGGGAAAUCUUGGUGGUCAUUUGGAUGGACCAGUCAAUCUCCUAGAGAGCAAAAUGAGGCAUUUCAUUUCAGCGAAGAAGACUGGAACCGGUUAAAUAAAAUAAUUGGGCAUAAGGAAGGUGAUGAUGGGCUAUCAGUUACAAGUAGCAAGGUGGAUGCUCUUCAUACUUUCUUAAUAAUUCACAUGAAACAUAAUGCUUCAAAGCUUAUAGGGGAAGCCAAAGAGCUUGUCGCUGAAUUAUCAAGUGAAGAUCUCAGGUGCUCUAUAAAGCUCUAUCCAGAAACGAAGGUAUUUGAUAUGAAGUUGGGCUCAUACAAAUUAUCAUCGCCAAAGGGUCCCCUUGCAGAGAGUGCAGCUUCGUAUGACUCGUUAGUUGGUGUUUUCUGUUAUAAACCUUUUGAUAAGAAAGUGGAUUGGAGCAUGGUUGCCAAAGCUUCUCCAUGUUACAUGACUUAUUUGAAGGAAAGCGUUGAUCAAAUUCUAAAUUUCUUUGAAAGUAGUAGUGCAGUAAGUCAGACCAUAGCACGGGAAACUGCAGCUGCUGUGCAGAUGACGAUUGAUGAAGUAAAGCGCACUGCUCAGCAGCAAAUGAACAGAGCGUUGAAGGACCAUGCUAGGUUUUCAUUGGACUUGGAUAUUGCAGCUCCAAAGAUUACAAUUCCCACUGAUUUUUGUCCUGACAAUACCCAUGCCACAAAACUUCUGCUGGACCUUGGGAACUUGGUGAUUCGUGCACAGGAUGACUGUCAACAGGAGUCAGAUGAGAAGAAUAUGUACUUGCAGUUUGAUUUAGUUUUAAGUGAUGUGUCAGCAUUUUUUGAUGGUGACUAUUACUGGGGACAACCUCCACUAAAUAAGUCAGUCUAUGAUGGCAAUUGUUUUUUUCAAAUCAUUGACAAGUGUGGAGUCAUCUUACAUCUUCAACAGAUUCGGUCGAAGACUCCAUAUUAUCCUUCAACACGUCUUGCUGUGCAGCUGCCCUCAUUAGGCUUUCACUUUUCUCCUGCUCGUUAUCAUCGACUGAUGCAGGUGAUAAAGAUCUUUGAGGGGGAGGAUGAUGAGGGAUCAAAGUUCCUUCACCCUUGGGAUCAGGCUGACCUUGAGGGGUGGUUGUCUCUUCUUACAUGGAAGGGUGUGGGAAGUAGGGAAGCUGUAUGGCAAUUACGAUACUUCCGCUUAGUUGGACGUUUUCUUUAUGUGCUUGAAAGCCCUGACUCUAAAUCUUACAAGCAGUAUACAAGCCUACGUGGGAAACAGAUUUAUCAGGUCCCCCCUGAGUAUGUCGGUAAUGCAGAGCAUGUUUUGGCUGUCUGUUAUCCUACACGAUCCAACAGUAAGGUCGUGGAGGACGCAAAUGCUUUGAUAUUACGUUGUGAAUCUGAUGAUUCAAGGAAGACCUGGCAAAGGCGCAUACAAGGGGCUAUUUAUCACGCAUCGGAUUCUGCUCCUAUUGCUGGUCUAUCAGACACCUCUUCAGAUGAUGAUGAUGUGGAAUUAGAACAUGAUGAUCAGGGUGCGACUGAUAUAACGAUUGCUGAGAGAUUAUUUGUAACAGGCAUUCUUGAUGAAUUGAAAGUUUGCUUCAGUUAUAGCUAUCAGCCUGAACAGAGCUUAAUGAAGAUUCUUUUAACUGAAGAGAAGCGUUUAUUUGAAUUUCGUGCAAUAGGUGGCCAGGUGGAGCUCUCCAUCAGAGAGAACGACAUUUUCAUUGGUACAAUCUUGAAGUCCUUGGAAAUAGAAGAUUUAGUUAGCUGUGAUAUGUCUGGCCCUUGUUAUUUGGCAAGAUCAUUUAUUGGGACUGCAGAUGCAUAUUCAUCUUUUUAUGAUUCAAUGAGAAAAGGUGUUGAAAUUCAUGAUUUAACUCCUACUGAAACUGAUGAUAAGUUCUAUGAGGCUCCUGAUACUUUGGCAGAUGUUGAUUAUCCUUUACAAUCCCCCCGAUUCACAUCUGACUGCUUGUCAAGUUCCCAGAGUCAGAUCCCAUCUAGAUGUUUAUCAUCAAAAUGCCCAGGGUUUACACGCAUUUCUGGUCUGCUACCUUGUGAGGCUCGAACUAAUAGAACAAAGGAAAUUGAACCUGGUGACACAUUGGAGAGUUUUAUAAAAGCACAAAUUAUUAUCUAUGAUCAGAACUCUCCCAGAUAUAAUAAUAUAGAUAAGCAGGUGAGGGUGACUUUGGCUACCUUGACCUUUUUUUGUCGGAGACCAACAAUCCUGGCCAUUAUGGAAUUUAUUAAUUCUAUCAGCAUUGACGAUGAAAGCCUUACCACUGAAAGUUCUAAAACAGCUAUCGUGAAACAUAAUGAAUCAAGGGAUGUGGAUGAUCUGCAUUCCGCUACCUUUGAGGAACUGGCCAUUAAGGGUUUGCUUGGAAAAGGAAAAUCCAGGACUAUAUUCAAUCUGACACUGAAGAUGGACCAGGCUCAAAUCCAUUUAAUAAACGAAAGUCAAAUCAAACUUGCUAGUUUGUCACAGGAGAAUUUGUUUACAGAUAUCAAGGUGUUUCCUUCCUCCUUUAGUAUCAAAGCUGCUCUUGGGAAUCUAAGAAUAAGCGACGAUAGUCUGUCUAGUGGUCAUUUGUAUUACUGGGCUUGCGAUAUGAGAAACCCUGGUGGCAGUUCUUUUGUGGAGUUGGAGUUCACUUCCUUUUGCAAAGAUGAUGAAGAUUAUGAAGGUUAUGAUUAUAGCCUUUUUGGGGAGCUUUCAGAAGUGCGCAUUGUUUAUUUGAAUCGAUUUGUACAGGAGGUUGUUGGUUAUUUUAUGGGUCUUGUUCCAAAUGGUCCAAAAGGCGUUGUGAAAUUAACAGAUCAAGUGACUAAUUCUGAGAAGUGGUUUCAAGCAAGUGAGAUUGAAGGAUCACCAGCUAUGAAGUUGGAUCUUUCUCUUAGGAAGCCUAUAAUAUUAAUGCCUCGGAGAACAGACAGCCUUGACUUCUUGAGGCUUGACAUAGUUCAGAUAACUGUCAAGAACACCUUUGAAUGGGUUGGUGGAGGUAAAAGUGAAAUGAAUUCAAUACACUUGGAAACUUUGAUGGUCCAGGUUGAAGACAUUAAUUUAAAUGUUGGAACCGGAGAAGAGUUAAGUGAAAGCAUAAUUCAGGAUGUGAAUGGGCUAUCUGUGAUAAUUCGUAGGUCACUUCGUGACUUGUUACAUCAAUUGCCAAGUAUUGAAGUGAUUAUUAAGAUUGGAGAGUUGAAAGCGGCAAUGUCAAAUAAUGAAUAUAAAAUCAUUACUGAGUGUGCGGUGUCUAACACUUCUGAGCCGCCAGUUAUUCCCCCAGCAUUAAAUCAAUAUUCAGUCACGUCUUCCAUUGAUGCAACAGGGGAUGUUCCUCAGGACACUGAUGAUGUUAAUUCAGGGACCUCAUUGGCUGAAGCAUUUGUUUCACUGAAAGUCUCUGUUUCCAUUAAACUGGUUGAACUAAGCUUGUAUAUGGGAGUAACCCGAGAUGCAUCUCUGGCUACAUUGCAGGUCAGUGGUGCAUGGCUACUGUACAAAUCUAGUACAUCAGGGGAGGGAUUUCUCUCAGCAACACUUAAAGGAUUCAGUGUUUUUGAUGAUCGUGAGGGGGUUGAACAAGAGUUUCGAUUAGCGAUAGGAAGGCCUGGGAAUUUUGGGGCCAGUUCACCAAAUACACUUGGAUUUGAGCAUGAGCAGGACUCCUCAGUUGACAGUAACAUGAGACAGGGAGAUAGUUUUGAGCCUGUUCCCACAAUGUUGAUUGUUGAUGUGAAAUUUAGUCAGUUAGCAACAUUUGUUACUUUAUGUGUUCAGAGGCCUCAGUUGCUUGUUGCACUUGAUUUUCUUCUUGCUGUAGUUGAGUUCUUUGUUCCAUCAGUCAGCAGUAUGCUAUCCUAUGAGGAAGAUGACAGCUCUCACAUUGUCAAUGCUAUCUUCUUGGAUCAGUUCAUUUACAGGCAACCUUGCCAUGAAUUCUCUCUCUCUCCACAAAAGCCCUUAAUAGUUGAUGAUGAAAAUUAUGAUCAUUUCAUUUAUGAUGGUGGCGGUGGAACCUUAUAUUUAAAAGAUGCGCAGGGUUUCAAUCUUGCAGCACCUAGUUCAAAAGCUUUAAUAUAUGUGGGAAAUGGGAAGAAAUUGCAAUUCAAAAAUGUUGUUAUCAAGGAUGGGCAGCACUUGGAUUCUUGUGUUUUUCUUGGAGCUAAUAGUAGCUAUUCAGUUUUAAUGGAUGAUCAUGUCUAUUUGGAAGCAUUACAAGAAAGUCAUCACCAAAGUGCUCUUGGAGGAAGUGUUAAUGGAGUACCUUGUCUGAAUAAUGGAAUUAGUAAUUCUACUGAGUUCAUAAUUGAGUUGCAGGCUGUUGGUCCAGAACUGACCUUCUAUAACACAUCUAAAGAUGCUGGUGAUUUAUUAUACCUCUCUAAUAAACUCCUGCAUGCACAGCUGGAUGCAUUUUGUAGGCUUGUCUUGAAGGGUAACAAUACAGAGAUGAGUGCAGACAUUCUUGGUUUGACAAUGGAGAGUAAUGGAAUCAUUAUUUUGGAGCCAUUUGAUACCACUUUGAAGUACUCAAACACUUCUGGGAAGACCAAUAUACAUUUACAUGUUUCAGAUAUAUUUAUGAAUUUCACAUUCAGUAUCUUGACACUUUUUUUGGCUGUGGAAGAUGAUGUUUUAUCAUUUUUAAGGAUGACAUCAAAGAAAGUGACAAUUGUUUGCUCUCACUUUGAUAAAGUUGGAACGAUAACGAAUACUCUUACUGACCAAACAUAUGCCUUUUGGAGGCCUCAUGCUCCCCCUGGUUUUGCUGUACUGGGUGACUACCUUACACCAUUAGACAAGCCACCGGCAAAAGGAGUUCUUGCAGUAAAUACCAAUUCAAUAAGAGUCAAGAAACCCAUUAAUUUCAAAUUAAUUUGGCCACCUUCAGCUUCUAGGAGCAUGGCUGGUAAAGGAUUGGAUAAUUCUGAAUUGUCACCAAGUGGUGCCGAAAGUGAGGGAGAUGAUUGCUGUUCCAUUUGGUUCCCUGAAGCUCCCAAUGGUUAUGUCGCUCUUGGCUGUGUAGUUACUCAUGGAAGAGCACCCCCUCCUUUAUCUUCAGCAUUUUGCAUCCCAUCUUCAUCUGUCUCUCCAUGUUCUUUGAGAGACUGCAUCAUGAUCAGCAGUACUGAUAUACAAUCAUCAGAUGUGGCAUUUUGGAGAGUGGAUAAUUCUGUUGGCACUUUUUUGGCAGCAGAUCCCAGUAAGCAUAAUUUACUGGGUAAAGCUUAUGAAUUACGUCACAUAAAAUAUGAUUUUCUUAAGGUGUCCCCAGCAGCAUCAAGAAGCUGGAAUAUCCAAGGUCCAUCUGAUGGGCAUCAAACCUUGCUAUCUGACGAGUCUGCUGAUGCAAACUCUAAUAGACGUUUUGAGCCUGUUGCAAGCUUCCAAUUAAUAUGGUGGAAUCAGGGAUUAAACCCAAGAAAAAGGUUAUCCAUAUGGCGUCCAGUUGUUCCAGAUAGGAUGGUUUAUUUUGGCGAUGUAGCUGUUAAAGGGUUUGAGCCUCCAAACACCUGCAUUGUUCUUCAUGAUUCCAGAGAUGAAGAUCUUUUUAAAGCCCCCCAAGAUUUUCAGCUUGUUGGACAGAUCAAGAAGCAGAGAGGAAUGGAAAGCAUAACAUUCUGGCUUCCUCAAGCUCCCCCUGGCUAUGUAUCCUUGGGUUGUGUUGCAUGCAAAGGGAAACCAAAGCAAAAUGAAUUUGACAAAUUAAGAUGCAUACGCAGUGAUCUGGUCACUGGAGAUCAAUUUUUGGAAGAGAGUUUGUGGGAUACAUCCGAAGCUAAGCAUACAACAGAGUCAUUUAGUAUAUGGGCGGUUGGCAAUGAGUUGGGGACCUUUAUUGUCCGAAGUGGUUUAAAAAAGCCCCCAAGAAGGUUUGCUUUAAAGCUAGCAGAUUCCAGUGUUCCAAGUGGCUCAGAUGCUACAAUAAUUGAUGCUGGAAUUGGGAGCUUCUCAAUUGCACUUUUUGAUGACUAUGGUGGCUUGAUGGUUCCAUUGUUCAAUGUAUCUUUGGUUGGUGUAUCAUUUAGUCUGCAUGGAAGGACUGAGUAUUUGAAUUGCACUGUCAGUUUCUCUUUGUCCGGCAGAUCUUAUAAUGAUAAGUAUGAAGCCUGGGAACCUCUUGUGGAGCCAGUAGAUGGAUUCUUAAGGUACCAAUAUGACCUUAAUGCUCCAGGUGCAGCUUCCCAGUUACGUUUCACAGCAACUAGAGAUCUGAAUUUAAAUGUUUCAGUUUCUAAUGCAAAUAUGAUCAUUCAAGGUUAUGCAAGCUGGAAUAACCUUAGCCAUUCCCAAGAAUAUUGCAAAAAUAGAGAUUCAUUUUCUCCAACUUAUGGUAGAAACUCUAUACUUGACUCUCUCCGAGAGAGAAAUUAUUACAUAGUCCCACAAAACAAGCUUGGUCAAGAUAUUUAUAUUCGUGCUACUGAAGGAAGGGGUCUUCAGAGCAUAAUACAAAUGCCAUCUGGAGAUAUGAAGGCUGUGAAAGUUCCCGUGUCUAAAAAUAUGCUAGAUUCUCACUUGAAGGGUAGGCUCCGUAGAAAGCUUAAAAGAAUGGUGACAGUCAUCAUUGCAGAUGCGCAGUUUCCCAGAGUUAAUGGCUCUGCUUUGCAGCAAUAUACUGUGGCAAUCCGCCUUGCCCCUGAUCAAAGCCUAUCUAAUGAAGCAUUUCUUCACCAACAAAGUUCUCGCACUUGUGCAAGCAGCCCAUAUCAGUUAUUGCCUCCAGAUCUUGAAGUAGUCGAGUGGAAUGAAAUAUUUUUCUUCAAAGUUGAUUCCCUGGACUAUUACUCAUUGGAAUUAAUUGAAGAUAUGAGUAGAGGUGCUCCCGUAGGAUUCUUUUCAGUAUCCUUGAACCAGAUCGCAAGGACUAUUGAGGACUUCUCAUUCCCCCACAAUUUUGCUAAUAAGUUGGACUGGAUAGAUUUAUCUGCAGAAAACUCCAUAAGUUUUCAGGAUGAAUAUCAUAAAUCUCCUGGGAAAUUACGCUGUGCUGUACUAGUACAACCCUCUGAAGUUGAGAAUGACUGUCAACUGUCCACUUCUGAAGACCAUCAAUCUGGGUUUAUUCAAAUUAGUCCUAGCAAGGAAGGUCCUUGGACUACUGUGAGGCUAAACUACUCUGCACCUGCUGCUUGUUGGCGGCUAGGCAAUGAUGUGGUUGCUAGUGAAGUUAGUGUGAAGGAUGGCAACAGAUAUGUGAAUAUUAGAUCUCUAGUUUCUGUUCAUAACAACACAAAUAUUGUGCUUCAUUUGUGCCUCACGUCCCAAACUUCCUGUGAAAAGAAUAAUGUGCUAAGCAAUUCAAAUAAUUCUGAACGGGUGCAAAUAGAAGGAAACCUAGUUCAGACAGAAGAGUAUUUUGAAACUGAAAAGUAUGACCCACAGAUUGGUUGGAUUGGUUGCUCAUUUCAUCCUGGACAGGGUACGUCAGAAGGGGGAGAUUUCCAUCAGGCUUUUUCUGGAGUUGAUCUUCCCUUAGGUUGGAAUUGGAUUGAUGAUUGGCAUUUGGAUAUGACAUCAACCAAUAGUGAUGGCUGGGUCUAUGCUCCUGAUGUCAAGAGUUUGAGAUGGCCCGAAUCGUUUGAGCCAAAGGAAUCUGUUAACUCUGCAAGGCAAAGAAAAUGGGUUAGAAGCAGGAUGUUGAUAGCAGAUGAUCUGAAGCAGGAAAUAUCCAUUGGGCUUCUUCAACCUGGUGAAACUGUACCACUUCCUCUUUCUGUCUUGACACAAUCUGAUCGAUAUUUCUUGCAGCUAAGGCCUUGGGAUUCUGCGAACCCCAACAACUACACUUGGAGCUCUCUAUUGGAUGGGUCUACUCAACCAGACAAUGCUGGUAAGCUGAAACAAAUGUCAAGGAUAUGUGUUUCAGCUCUUUCAGAGUCAGAAGAACUACUGUGUUGCAGUGAGAUAAAUGGAACCUCAGGGAGUUCCCAUAAAUUGUGGUUCUGUGUAAGCAUACAAGCAACAGAGAUUGCGAAAGAUAUCCACUCUGAUCCCAUUCAUGAUUGGCAUUUGGUAGUCAAGUCUCCACUAAUGAUCAGCAAUUUUCUUCCCCUUGCUGCUGAGUAUUCUGUUCUUGAGAUGCAACCAAAUGGUCACUUUUUUGGAUGCUCAAGAGGAAUAUUAUUAUCUGGAAAAUCCAUGCAGAUAUACAGUGGUGAUAUCAGGAAACCAUUGUUCUUAUCACUGCUGCCACAAAGGGGUUGGCUGCCUAAGCAUGAGGCUGUUCUCAUAUCCCACCCUCAAGGAAUUCCAUCUAAGACAUAUAGUUUGAGAAGCUCAGUAUCUGGAAGGGUUGUGCAAGUCAUUAUUGAGCAAAAUUAUGACAAAGAACACCCGGUGCUGGCCAAGACAAUCAGAGUCUAUGCUCCUUACUGGUUUGGAGUUGCUAGAUGUCCCCCACUCAGGUACAGGAUUCUGGAUAUGGCAGGAAAAAAAAGUACACAAAAGAUUGCUGCUCGAUUUCAAUCAAACAAGAAAAAUGAAUCAAUCCUUGAGGAAAUAACUGAAGAGGAAAUCUAUGAAGGCUACACAAUUGCAUCUGCUCUGAACUUUAAUAUAUUGGCUCUUUCAGUGGCUGUUGCUCAAACAGGCAAUGAGCAAUUUGGUCCUUUUAAAGAUCUUACUCCUCUUGGAGAUAUGGAUGGAUCAAUGGAUAUACAUGCUUAUGAUGCUGAGGGAAAUUUCUUGAGGCUUUUCAUUUCUACAAAACCGUGCCCCUAUCAAUCUGUUCCCACCAAGGUAAUUACUGUUCGACCAUUCAUGACCUUUACUAAUAGACUUGGUCAAGAUAUAUUCCUCAAGUUAAGCAAUGAAGAUGAACCAAAAGUUUUGCACUCUUCUGAUUCAAGAAUUUCCUUUGUGUAUCAUGGAACUGGUGGACCUGAAAAACUCCAGGUGCGAUUAGAAGAUACCAAUUGGUCAUUUCCAAUUCAAAUUUCGAGAGAGGACACAAUUACCAUAGUUUUGAGGAGAUAUGAUGGUAAUCUUGAAUUUUUGAAAACUGAAAUUCGCGGAUAUGAAGAAGGAUCACGUUUUAUUGUUGUAUUCCGCCUGGGGUCAACUGAUGGUCCAAUCAGAUUUGAGAACAGAACAAGAAGCAAAGAACUUCGUAUUCGGCAAUCUGGAUUUGGUGAAGAUGCCUGGGUUCAGUUGCAGCCUCUUUCAACAACAAAUUUUUCUUGGGAAGAUCCAUAUGGCCAAAAGGAUUUGGAUGUUAAGCUUUGUACAAGCUCUAGUUCUUCAGUUUGGAAGCUUGAUUUAGGGAGGACUGGAUCAUGUUGUGCAGAAUUCGGAUUGCAACUUCAUGUAACUGAAGAAAGAGAUAAGACAAUUGCCAAAUUUAGGGAUGAUGGCAAUCUUAAUUCGAGUUCAUAUGAAGAGAUAACAGGCCCAAUGCCUGGUGACAGUUGGCGAGUUUCUGGUGGACAAGCUGAAAUGCAGACCAGUGCUACACCUUUUGAACUCUUGGUUGAGUUGGGAGUGGUCGGAAUAUCUAUUGUGGACCAUCGACCUAAGGAACUCUCCUAUUUGUACUUGGAAAGAGUCCUCUUAUCAUAUUCGACUGGCUUUGAUGGUGGAAGGACAAGCAGGUUCAAGCUCAUGCUUGGUUAUUUGCAAUUGGACAACCAACUCCCUCUAACAGUAAUGCCUGUCCUCUUGGCGCCAGAGCAGGCCCCUGAUGUGCAACACCCAGUAUUCAAGAUGACAAUUAUAAUGCAGGAUGGGAGUAGAGAUGGAGUUCAAGUUUAUCCAUAUAUUUACAUACGGGUUACUGAUCGGUGCUGGCGGCUUGAUAUUCAUGAACCUAUUAUCUGGGCUUUUAUGGAUUUCUACAACAAUCUACGGCUAGAUCGUUUCCCAAAAAGUUCUACUGUGACAGAAGUUGAUCCAGAGAUACGUUUUGAUCUAAUAGACGUGUCAGAAAUACGGCUAAAGUUAUCGCUAGAGACAGCUCCGGGACAGAGACCUCAUGGGGUCCUUGGCAUAUGGAGUCCUGUCCUCUCGGCCAUUGGAAAUGCCUUCAAGAUUCAGGUGCACCUGAGGAGGGUGAUGCACAGAGACAGAUUCAUGCGGAAAAGUUCUAUCAUUCCUGCCAUUGGAAGCCGUAUUUGGAGAGAUUUGAUUCAUAAUCCUUUGCAUUUAAUAUUUUCUGUAGAUGUACUAGGUAUGACAAGUUCAACACUGGCUUCUCUCAGCAGAGGGUUUGCUGAGCUUUCAACAGAUGGACAGUUUCUGCAAUUACGUGCAAAGCAGGUAAGGUCAAGGAGAAUCACUGGGGUGGGGGACGGGAUCAUUCAGGGAACAGAAGCCCUUGCCCAAGGUGUUGCUUUUGGGGUGUCUGGCGUACUAAGGAAGCCUGUAGAGAGUGCUAGAGAGAAUGGUCUUCUUGGAUUGGCUCAUGGACUUGGACGUGCCUUUUUAGGUUUUAUUGUGCAACCAGUAAGUGGUGCACUAGAUUUUUUCUCAUUGACUGUUGAUGGAAUUGGUGCAAGUUGUUCCAAAUGUUUAGAGAUUUUCCACAGCAAGGCCAGCUUCCAGAGAAUCAGAAAUCCCCGGGCUAUACGGGCUGAUGGGGUGCUUAGAGAAUAUUGUGAGAGAGAGGCUAUUGGCCAGAUGGUGCUUUACCUGGGAGAGGCUAGUCGGCAUUUUGGUUGCACUGAGAUUUUCAAAGAGCCCUCAAAAUUUGCUCUGUCUGAUUAUUACGAAGAGCAUUUUAAUGUGCCUUACCAGAGAAUUUUUUUGGUCACCAAUAAACGAGUCAUGUUGCUGCAGUGCCUGGCACCAGACAAGAUGGAUAGAAAACCUUGUAAGAUAAUGUGGGAUGUGCCUUGGGAUGAGCUGAUGGCGCUGGAGUUGGCAAAAGCAGGAAGCAACCAUCCAUCUCACUUGAUCCUCCAUCUGAAAAAUUUCCGGAAAUCAGAAGGUUUUGUUCGAGUCAUCAAGUGCAGUGCUGUAGAAGAAUUUGAUGGAAGAGAACCACAAGCAGUGAAGAUAUGUUCAGCGGUGCGUCGAACAUGGAAGACAUAUCAGUGUGAUCUGAAAAGCUUGAUUUUGAAAGUACCUUCAAGUCAGAGACGUGUAUAUUUUGCAUGGAGUGAAGCUGACAGGAGAGAACCACGCAUCCCCAACAAGCCCGUUAUUAGUUCAAGAGAGCUCUUAUCUCAUGCCACUGUUCCUGAGGAUAGGAGAUUUAUUAAGCGCAGUAUCACAUUUUCAAAGAUCUGGAGCAGUGAACAAGAAUACAAAGGUCGAUGUUCACUCUGUAGAAAACAGAUCUCACAAGAUGGUGGAAUAUGCAGCAUCUGGAGACCAACCUGUCCUGAUGGCUAUGCACAUAUCGGAGAUAUUGCUCAUGUUGGCAUCCAUCCACCAAAUGUUGCUGCUGUGUACCGCAAGAUUGAUGUUUUCAGCCUGCCCAUGGGGUACGACCUGGUGUGGCGAAAUUGCAUGGAUGACUAUGUUAAUCGAGUGUCAAUUUGGCCGCGCGCUCCUGACGGAUUUGUUUCUCCGGGUUGUGUUGCUGUUGCUGGUUAUACGGAACCGGAGCCUGAUCUCGUAUACUGUGUUGCUGAGUCGCUUGUCGAGGAGGCACAAUUUGAAGACCAAAAGAUCUGGUCUGCACGUGACUCAUACCCAUGGGCCUGUCAUAUAUAUCAAGUCCAGAGUGACGCUUUGCUUGUUGCUCUCAGACAAAGCAAGGAGGAAUCUGAUUGGAAGCCCACGAGGAUCCGAGACGAUCCCCUUGGUCGCUUGCAAAUAGAGUAAUCUUCAUAGUCUAAACUAGGAGAGGACUCAUUACAGAUUUCAAUGUUUCCCCGAGAACAUCGCCAUGUAAGUUAUUCGAGAUGAUCAUGAAAAGCGGUGUUUUUGCUUAUUCGAGAAAAGAUUUUGGUGGGAUUAGUACGUUAUCGCGCUCUGCUCCUUUCAGUGGUGCUGGUAAGUGAUUGCCGUGACUUCUGUGUCACCGUUAGUGCCCUUAACAACGUCGCUGAUUGAUAUAUUACUCAAUGACUCAACUAUACUGUGGCCCGUGGGAAUAACCAAAAAUGAAGGACGAGCCGAUCGGCGAUUAUUGAUGAAGCCUGAUGAUAUAUGUCGAAUGAUGGGAUAGUAUAGACUUUGUCGCUGAUUAUGAGGACAAUUUUUUUUAUGUAUACGUAACUUCUCUUUUCAAUUAUUUUGUGAUUAUAUUUUUUUCGAUUUGUAAUUUGUUUUGCUAUUUACAUUAUUAUACAUAAAAUUUCUCUUCUUGCAA